AUGGUGAGGUGGCUGAAAUGGAAUGAUGAAGAGCGACUGCUGUCGGUGGGGGUUGGGUUUGCGUUUGAAGCACUUGGUCAGUGUUCCAACGUCUUCGUGUACAUUCCUUCGUGUGAAGAGGGAACCAUCCUCAUCUUCGGGGGUGAGAAGUCUCCUUCGGGAUCAGGCACCGAGCUCGAGUCUGUUGCCUGCCGAGCAGCUGAAAAACGAACACCCAUCAAUGUUCUGAUUGAGCUCAUUGUCGAGGCGAUCGAAAGGUGUGAAUGCUCGAUUGAUCCAGAUUUCAGAACGAACAAGUAUCAACAUGCUGUUAACGAUUUCUCUGAUGUCGUAGAGUUUGCUUCAAACAAGCGCAAGACAUUGGAUACAUUGAUUUGUUUGGCGGUGGCAGCGAACCGAUCUUUUCGCAGAGUCACUGUAUUUGAUCCAUUUCCUGACUGUUUUGUAGACUUGUGUGGUGGCGAAGAUUUCAGAAAGUUGGACGAUGCAUUGCGAAAUAUACCUGCGAUUAGUGACAUCAGUGGACAUUUAUCCAACACUGCAAAUCCUUCGGUUCAAGACAUAGGGUUGUUGCUGAGAUUUUUGAUAGACAUGAAGGGUGUGGCAGCGAAGUUGGAACAUGGAAAUGAUCCCGAAUUUGAGGCUGCGGCUCGAGAGUAUGGUGAAGUAGAAACUUUUCAUGGCUCAUCACUAGAAAAUUUCCAUUGUAUUCUCCGGUGUGGGUUGAAGUCUUUCAGUGGCAACAAAGAAAGGAUGAGUACAGGAGAUGUGUUCGGUGAAGGUGUAUAUUUGUCGUCUGAUAUCCGCUUGGCAAGCUCCUUCGCGAAACGAGGAAUGGCAUGGGAGAAAAGCUCGAUAGGAAAGUUUCUGACUGUUGUAGCAUGCUGUCGUGUUGUCUUGCACCCAUCGGUAAAACGUCGGAAGGAGACUGUCAAAGUUGGAAAUCGCCCAAUGGAUGAAUUUCCUCACACAUACUAUGUUGUUCGCGAACCCCGAUACAUCAUGACAACAUCGUUGAUCAUCUUUGCCGAUGGAAAGAACAACGAUCCUCACGUACCGAGUGCACAACAGCGAAAUCAAAAUUUAGAACAGGCAGGAAGAUGGCCUAAUUUCUCUAUCGUUCUAUUUGUUUUGAUAGCAAUCGCUUCCAUGGUAGCCCGAUGGGUUUGGAGCUAA